AUGAGUGGCUGCGCAAUUCAUACGGGCUCGGUGUCUGCGGCAGCUGCAGCAACAUCACAGGACAGUGGCCUCCCGCACAGUGACGCGUCCAUACGCAUCUCACCGCUCAGUUCGUCACGCGCAUCGCGCUCGGAGGAGCCGGCUGACCAGAGCAGUGGUGCGUCCGUCGAAGAGGCACACGCCGAUGUGCUGCCGGAGUCUGUUGAGCAGGCCGAGUUAUUGCUGUCUGACCUCCUGGAUCAGUAUCAUCUUACACGCGCGCGGCUCCGUGGCGCUCAGAAUCGCCUUAGGGCAACCAGGGCGCGCUGGAUAUCCGACAACAAGGCCGAGCGCCGAGAGCAGCGCCAGGCAGGGGAUGCGACAGCAUCCCGUGCCAAUGCUGAGGACUGGAAAAGCGGGAUGAGACUGCUGGAGAUCCGUCGACAGGAGCGAGAACUGAGUGGAACCGAGAAGAAGUUGGAUCAUGUCAAAGGGCGGAUAAAGGACGUGGCGUCAAGGUUCCCGCGUGCGGCGGUACAACUGAACCUCCAGCACUGCAGGUGGAAGUGGUGCCGGCACGACUUGGACCUGGACAUUACGCAAGGGGAGUCGUCAGCUGGUCCCGCGGGAACGGCCGAGGAAGGAGCACUAUCAGCGGCGUCCACCGAGGAGCGGUUAACACAGGGGUCAAGAGUGUUUCAAGAAAUGGACACGCCGGUAGUGGCGCCCAACCAGACCGCGUGCCCGCGCAGUGACAGUGGCCCGCAAGAGAGCGACGGCGGUGAACACAGAGCACCUACCUCCGAGCCGCUCUCCCUUGACACUACGACGGUUUACCAGCGCACGUGGAGCUUUCUACCCAAAGCUGAUAAAAGCUCGGCGAGAGCUGCUGCUACAAGCGGUGGUGAGACAUGGGAUUCAACCUACCCGCAAGCGGUACCAGCCACGGCGCGAUCCGUCCUUUUGUCGCGCGAGCGCGUGAACGCUCCACGCCGAACUCCCGAUAUGCCGCGGUCUACCGGGCUUCCGCACCUACCAAAUGUGGAGUGGAUGAAGCCCGUCGAGGGAUACAUGCCCUUCGAACGUGCGGUUUGGAGCACAAGCCCUCCCGGGUCAGGCGCUCCGCAGCCAGUGACGCCACCUACUUCACGGGUACAGCUAACACUGCAGGGGGAGCAUGCUGUGGACUCAGAUUUUAGCGGCGAGGCUGCAGCUGUCGGGCGUGACCAGAUCAUGACCAGGGUAACGAGUCCGCGUUUGCUACCUCCGCUAGUAAUCAUUCCUGGGAACAGUGUCCAGGCAGGGCAGUCGCAAGGCGGCCCGAGCCCUUGGGUGGGACAGCUGCCGCCGACAUCCACAUGGAGCCCCGAGCGGCCUUCCCGGUCGAGUUUUAGGUCGCUACCUACAUCCUCUCCCCCUCCGACGAUUGUUACUUCCUCGGCCAGUCUCUCAGCCGUGCCUGGACGUUCACAGCACUCAAGGCCUGUCGGGGCUGAUGAAGACUCGUAG